CUCACCGCAGACAAAACCAGUCACCGGCGUUACGAUCAGUCAGAGCCCUAACAAUGGUCAAAUCAUUCUCCAAGUCUAAGCGCACGCCGGUGCGGUUAAGACACAAAAUCGAAAAGGCGAGUGCCGCUAAACAGAGGAAAUCGAGAAAAGAAGCCAAAAAGAACCCGCAAUGGAAGUCAAGGCUGAAGAAGGACCCGGGUAUCCCCAACCUCUUUCCUUUCAAAGAAAAACUGCUUGAAGAAAUCGAAGAGAAGAAAAGACAAAAGGCGGAAAAUGCACAGAGAUUACGGGAUGCUGCCAAAGACAAGAAGAAGAGUAAAUCGCAACAUGAUGACAUAGAUGAGGACGACCUGAUGGAAGAGGAUGAGGACUUGCUAGACGAAGAGAUGGAUGAAGAUGACGACGAUGAUGAUGAUGCUCAGAACUCUUCCAAUCCCCUGGCUGCCCUGGUUGCAUCAGCCCAAGCACGAGCGGCAGAGUACGAUGGAGGGGCUCUUGCAGGCGACAUUUCAGGGGACGAUGAUGACGAUGUAGAGGCUGGCGGUGUGCAACUUUCCGAGACCAUGGCCGCAGAUCACAGGAACCCAGACUCAUCACGGAGAGCGUUCGACAAGAUUUUCAAACAAGUCCUAGAUGCUGCAGAUGUCGUUCUGUACGUAUUGGACGCCCGAGACCCAGAGGGAACGAGGUCGCGAGAGGUCGAACGACAGAUCAUGUCCGCUGAAGGAGGAUCGAAACGCUUGAUCCUUGUGCUGAACAAGAUUGACCUUGUACCUCCGCCGGUUCUAAAGGCUUGGUUGGCCCAUCUACGACGGUACUUUCCCACGAUACCACUCCGAGCAUCGACGCCUGCUUCAAACGCACAGACCUUCGACCACAAGCAACUCACUCUCAAAGCGACGUCCGAGACCCUUCUUCGAUCAUUAAAGAGCUACGCGGCCUCCAAACAACUAAAGAGGUCGAUUUCGGUCGGUGUCAUUGGAUACCCCAACGUAGGAAAGUCGUCUGUCAUCAACGCCCUGACGUCGCGGUUAAACAAAGGCGCCCAGAGCUUUGCGUGCCCUGUCGGGUCAGAAGCCGGCGUGACGACCAGCCUGAGAGAGGUAAAAAUCGACAGUAAGCUUAAAAUCCUGGACUCCCCCGGUAUAGUGUUCCCUUCGACGGUGGACGGCGAAGACAAGGAAGGCAAGCAACGACGCAAGGCGGAGCAUGAAGCCAGGUUGAUCCUCUUGAAUGCCCUCCCACCCAGCCAGAUCAGCGAUCCUAUCCCUGCCGUGAGUCUGCUCCUGGACAGACUGUCCGGCUCAGAGGCUCUCUUCGAGAAGUUGUUGUCACAUUAUGGCGUGGUCGCAUUGGGUCCUUUCGGCCAAGGGGACAGGACGACAGAUUUCCUGGUCCAGGUGGCCCGGAAGAGGGGCCGGCUUGGACGAGGCGGUGUUCCGAACUUGAAUGCUGCCGCUAUGGCGGUGAUCACCGACUGGAGAGACGGUCGCAUCCAAGGAUGGGUUGAAGCACCGACUCUCAAGGUCGCGCAGGACAUGCAGAUGGUGGAAGCCGAAGAAGACAAGGCUCUCCCCACGGGUGUGGAUAGAAAGGAGAUUGUCAAGGAGUGGGCGGCGGAGUUCAAGAUUGAUGGACUCUGGGGUGAUGAUAAGGGCAAUUCGACUGGAGACGAUGCUAUGCAGUUGUAGUCAUGAGGGAUGUUAUGAAGCCAAAAGCGUCAUGUGUUGAGUAUCGUUGAUGCGUUGCGUGAAUAAAAUUACUAUGAUGAUUGACGUCCC